AUGUCGGAGAAAACGAAAGAAGACUUCCUGGCUCCCGUGCCCUCCCAGAUUGGCGAAAUCCUUGAAGGAUCUCACGAUGCUGUCUUUGGUGAAAUCACUGAGGAUGGUCCUAACUAUCGUGCUGUAGGAUGGAAAGGAACGGCCGUCUUGAUGAUGAAGACCCAAAUAGGUCUAGGAGUCCUAUCUAUCCCUGUCGCCUUUGAUGCUCUUGGUGUCGUACCUGGCGUCAUCUGUUUGAUUGUCAUCGCCGGUAUUACGACGUGGUCCGACUACGUUAUUGGUACAUUCAAGUUGAGGCAUCGUGAAGUCUAUGGCAUUGACGAUGUGGGUGAGCUACUGAUGGGCCGACCGGGUCGUUACCUGCUGGGUUCUGCAUUCUGUCUUUGGUGGAUCUUCGUGGCUGGCUCUGGCAUGCUGGGUAUCUCUAUCGGUCUCAAUGCUGUCUCCUCGCAUGCAACGUGUACUGCAGUCUACGUUGCAAUCGCUGCGAUCGUCGCCUUUCUAUUCGCGAGUAUUCAGACGCUUGGGCGCAUCUCGUGGCUGGCCUGGAUUGGUCUCUUCUGCAUUCUGACUUCCAUCUUGAUUGUUACCGUCGCCGUCGGAAUUCAAGAUCGCCCUUCUGCCGCCCCUGCCGAUGCUGUUUGGGUCUCGGACUACAAGAUCGUCGGUAGCUCGUCAUUCACCGAUGCUAUCUCCGCCAUCUCGACAAUCAUCUUCGCGUAUGCAGGCACCCCUGCCUUCUUCUCCAUCGCUUCCGAGAUGCGCGACCCAACACACUAUAACCGGGCCUUGAUACUUUGCCAGUCGGUCGUGACAUGCUUCUACCUCGCUAUCGGCAUUGUCAUCUACUAUUACUGCGGCUCCUAUGUCUCCUCUCCUGCUCUUGGCUCGGCUGGUCCGGUCGUGAAGAAGGUGAGCUACGGCUUUGCGCUGCCCGGUUUGAUUGUUAGCACAUUGCUAUUCGUCCACAUUACUGGAAAAUACAUCUUCGUCCGCAUGCUCAAGGGCUCCCGCCAUUUGACCGCCAACACCGUCAAGCACUGGGUCAUCUGGCUCGGAUGCACCUUCGGCGUCACCAUUGUCGCCUACAUCAUCGCUAGUGCCAUCCCCGUCUUUGGCGACCUCGUCUCUCUGGUCGGUGCCUUGCUCGGUACCCCAAUGUGCUUCCAGCCCAUGGGUGGUAUGUGGCUGUACGAUAACUGGUCCAAGGGCAAGAACCAUCGCACCAUGAAGUGGAACCUGAUGGUCUGUUGGUCCAUUUUUGUUAUCGUGGCUGGAUUCUUCUUGAUGGUUGCAGGCACGUACGGGUCUGUUGUGAGUAUCAUCAACAGUUACAAGGAAUCUGGGGGUUCGGCUUGCUGGUCUUGCGCCGAUAAUUCAUAG